AUGGAUGCUUUUUGGCAGAAAAGACAUAUCAAAGAUAACAUCCGAAUUAUCUUAAAUACACUCGAAUACUUUGAAAAACACAAUGAAAAGGAAUUGGCAUUAAUCUUUAUAGACUUUGAGAAGGCAUUCGAUAAUGUUAGCCAGAAGGUAUUAUUUACAAUGUUAGAACAUAUGGAAGCAGGGUCUCAGUUUCGAGAAUGGAUCCAAGAAAUCUAUAACCAACAGAGGGUAAGGCUGAUAAUAAACAACAGCAAAUCUGAUGAGUUUGAAAUAAGAAGAGGAACACGGCAAGGCUGCCCUCUGUCGCCACUCCUCUUCAUAUUUGUUCUGGAAGCAUUGAACCAAUAUAUUCAAGGAGAAGAACAGAUUCAAGGAAUGAAAAUUAAAAAAACAGAAUACAAGAUGAGACUGUUUGCUGACGAUGUGGUAUACAUUUUGGAAAAUCCUUCAAAUAGCAUUAAUCGUCUGGUCAACAUACUUUUAGAAUUUGAAAAGAUUUCGGGACACAAAGAAGCUCUUCUAAGCAAAUGUGUUUAUGGAGCCCAGUUGAAAGUCUACAUUUUGAAUGCCAUGAAAUGUGCAACUGCACUUGCAGAAGUAAUUGUGGGAUUACACAGGACAAAAGAGAUAGCAACAGGUUCUUACAGUUCCUUGUCAGUAUGCUAUGUCCCUGUUGUGAAAUGCAAUAUUAGUGAUCCUAUUCCUAUUCUUCACAAGUACAAUCAGUUUGGAGAUCUCAGCAUUGCUGCCGUUGUUUCUCACAUCUACAGAUUUUCUAAUCCAAUGAGUUUCCAAAAACAUCCCUCUGGAGAACUCGUUGAUGACCGAGUCCAUUUCAGUCCAAGUUGGACUCAUCUUGCAUCCAUGGAACUUCUCUCCUCAGGGAGGAGAUUCACCCCUAACUAUAAAUGUAACUUGGAGAAAAACCCAAUAGUAGCUAUUGGGGGACCUGACAUUUGUCUCCACAUGACACCCACCCUUAGCCUCUAUAAAAUGCCACUGCUAACGUAUGGCUCUGCUCCAGUAAUGAACAAUCCAACUGAGUCAGUUUUCUUUCAACAAAUGUUUCCAAAUGAGGUCCAUCAGUACAGAGGGAUUCUACAGUUACUGCUAUAUUUUAGGUGGACAUGGAUUGGUGUUCUUUCUGUGAAUAAUGACAAUGGAGAAAGGUUUGAACGGGAUGUGCUUCCCAUGCUUUCCCAGCAUGGUGUGUGCUUUGACUUCAUAGGAAAAUUCCUCUUAAUGAUUUUUUACAGCGACUUCCUCAAAGUAAUGGAUGAAGGAACAGACAUGUACAGAGUUGUCAUGGAAAGCACAGCCAAUGUGCUGGUCUUGUAUGGUGAAAUUCAGACUAUGGCACUGUUCUGGACAUUGCUCCAAUUGCAUGAAGUGGAGGAUGAUAUACCAAAGAAGACAAAGAUCUGGAUUAUGACUGCCCAGAUGGAUUUUGAAUCAAUUUCCGUUCAAAGAAACUGGAACAUAGACUUCCUCCAUGGAGCUAUAUCCUUUGCAGCUCCCUCAAAGAAAGGGUUAGGAUUCCAGGAAUUUCUUCAGAUCAGAAAUCCUGCUUCACAAGAACAUGAUGGCUUUAUUAGGGAUUUCUGGGAGCAGGCUUUCAAUUGUUAUUUCUUCAGCCCUGAAACCCAAGAGCAAUCUGAGAGAACCUGCACUGGUAGGGAGAAGCUGGAGACUCUUCCUGCAUCUACUUUUGAAAUGACCAUGUCUGGACACAGCUACAAUGUGUACAAUGCUGUCUACACUGUGGCACAUGCUUUGCAAUCAUUGCAGUCAUCCAAACCCAAGCAGAGACCAGCAGUGAAUAGAAGGAGGCAAAAGCUUCAGAAUCAAGAGCCAUGGCAGCUACACCGCUUCCUAAGAGGUGUCUCAUUUAACAACAGUGCUGGGACAAGGAUUUCCUUUGACCAUAAUGGGGAAUUAGUUGCAGGAUUUGAUAUUAUUAAUUGGGUGACAUUCUCAAACGGAUCCUUUCUUAGAGUCAAAGUUGGAAGUGUAGACCCCAUGGGUCCCAAAGACAGUAUGCUCCAUAUUUCAGAGAAUGCCAUCAUAUGGCCCAGCUGGUUUAACCAGGUACAACCUCUUUCUUUGUGCAAUGACAACUGCCAUUUAGGCCACAGUAAGUCAAAGAAGGAAGAAAAACCAUUUUGCUGCUAUGAUUGUUCACCAUGUCCAGAAGGGAAGAUCUCAAACCAAACAGACAUGAGCGACUGUUUUCAAUGCCCAGAAGAUAGCUAUGCAAACCACAACCGGAAUUUAUGCAUUCCAAAAAAUCUAACUUUCUUGACAUAUGGAGAACCGUUGAGGAUUAGCUUGACCCUUUUUGUGUUUGCUUUCUCUUCCCUCACAGCUUCAGUGCUUGGAGUCUUCAUUAAAUAUCGGGAAACACCUAUUGUCAAAGCCAACAACCGGAGCCUCACAUACCUUCUUCUCAACUCACUAUUGCUAUCCUUCCUUUGUGUUUUGCUAUUUAUUGGACAACCUGAUAAAUUCACAUGUCUCGUUCGACAACCAAUUUUUGGCAUCAUCUUCUCAGUGGCCGUUUCUUGUGUAUUGGCAAAAACCAUUACUGUGGUCCUAGCUUUCCUGGCCACGAAACCAGGGUCAAGCAUGAAGAAAUGGGUGGGGAGAAGGAUAGCCAGCUCCAUUGUUAUUUCCGGCUCCAUUAUCCAAGCCAUGAUUUGUACACUAUGGCUGUCCCUUUCUCCUCCAUUCCCAAAUUCUGACAUGCAUUUGAUGCCUAAAGAAAUAGUAUUGGGAUGUGAUGAAGGGUCAGCUGCUAUGUUCUACGCUGUCUUGGGUUUUUUGGGAUUUCUAGCUAUGGUCAGCUUCACUGUUGCUUUUCUAGCUAGAAAACUGCCAGAUAGUUUUAAUGAAGCCAAGUUUAUCACCUUCAGCAUGUUGGUUUUCUGCAGCGUUUGGGUGUCUUUUCUUCCUACCUAUCUGAGCACGAAGGGGAAAUACAUGGUGGUUGUGGAGAUUUUUUCAAUCUUGGCCUCUAGUGCUGGUUUGCUGGUUUGCAUCUUUUUCCCCAAAUGCUUUAUCAUUGUGUUGAGGCCUGAGCUGAACAACAAGCAGCAGUUAAUGAUAAGAAACUCUGCAAGGAGUAAUAUUCUCUGUAUAAGCCAGCUUCUUUAA